GCUAUAUUGUAAACAUUCAUGGGGUAGCUUUCUGGUCUUAAUUUAAGGUUAGUCAUAAGGUUUGCUGUGUGGUUAAGUUAAAAUCACAUGUUAAGAAGAUAAAUUGUAUAAAUUGGUGUGGUUUAUGACUUAGUGGCUGUGGUAAUUAGCUAACUGACGUGAGUCAUUUGUGACCUAAGCUAGCUAGCAACAUUUUUACAGGGGUGUCAAACUCAAGACCUAGACAACCAGGUGAGGGGAGUUCUUAACUAAUCAGUGACCUUAAUUCAUCAAUCAUGUAACGUUACUUGAUUGACGAAGGGAGGAGCGACAUACCGCAAACACUCGGCUUUGCAUGGAAUGCGUUUGACACGUGAUUUAAGAGGCCAAAAAAAGGAAGACAGAAGUGGACAAAAGCGAGGUUGCGGUAGCUUUAAUCUUUUAUAUUGAUAUGCAUCCCCGCAUACAUUCUUUCAAACUAAACUAAAAUUAUAAUGAUGCACACCAACCUUUUCUUACAUUUCUUCUUCCAUGCAUGCUUUUGCGGGCUUUUGUUGCGUUAUAAAAAUACGUCCGUGUGAAACAAAGCCAUCAAACUAGUAUUCUCAUCGCAUACACAAAUCAUACAAAGAGAACGCUUUGAUUCUACUUAGUCCAUGGAAGUUAAAAAACAUACACAUUUUACAUUUAUAUAGAGGUCAAAGUAUUUAUCAAUAUUGAAAAUGACAUCUCGAGGCACCCCGAGUCGCUUCCUACAAAGUGUUCUGCAAAACGGGGUGGGUCGGUAUGUUUGUCAAAUGAAGCGCAUUUCCCUCAUCUUCUCCAAGAAUGGACAGAGCUCUCUGGGAGCCAGGGAAUUCAUUGAAGAAGGAGUGGUGGAUUUUGCCCAAAAGAACCCUGGAACCGUUGUCUACGUAUCUCCUCAGUCCUGCAGGAUCCCUAAAAUUGUUGCAGAAUACUUAAACGGCAAUGUGAAGGAGGAAGCCAUCACAAGCAAGACGUCUCAACAGAUCGCAGAGUUAAUAACCAAACUGACCAACCAGUCUGGCCUGGAUAUCAUCCGUAUCCGCAAGCCCAUCCACACAGACAGCCCCAGCAUCCAGGGCCAAUGGCAUCCCUUCACUAACCGACCCCUGUCCAUUGGACCAAUCGGACCACAGAAACAGCAGGCCAACUAAAGACUGUGAAACCUCAUAAUACUGGCAAUAUUUUUGUCUGUUAUCGUCACCCUCAUCAGUGGUAGAACGAAUACAGGUCAGGUGUCCACUCUCCACAGAACUGUCCAGAGCAACUCCAUGGCAGACCAGCCAUUGUGUUUCUGAAACACCUGAAUCACCAGAUAUGUUAUAGCAUAUCUGCCCUUUCCGUUUGAAUGAAUUUUGCACAGUUAUCAGAGGCUUGUCAACUGGUAUCAGUGGCGUGCAUACAGAACAGUUUGUGUCCAAACGAGUAUUUCAAACUGCUCACUACAGCUGUGUUUUACGAAUAGAAUAAAGUGGUCAAUGUUUUAGACUCAGAA